AUGAACAUUCUCCUCUGGGGCUCAGCGUCAAUAACUAGAAACCUAAGGGAAACCAAAGUUUUGCAGCGUCUCCAAGCUCCCUCAAGUAUCCUUCAGGUUUAUGUUGGGGCUCCUGUGAAUUCAGAAGCCAAUCCGCUGCCCAAUAAUCUCUGUCUGCUAUCUGGAGGAGGGAAUGCCAGAAUUCCACCUACCCUCGACCCAAAUGCUGGAAGCCAAAAGCUAAAACCACAGCCGGCACAGUUGCUUCAAGCCCAUUCUCUCAAAUCAUCGCAUGCUAUGGAUGUGAUCCAUUAUACAUACAGCGAUGUGGAAAAUAUUUUUGGCGAUGUGGUUGCUGCAAAAGAGUUGAAGCUUGGUCCGGCCGCUGGUGGAAAUGUUGACACCUUCGGCGUCAUGAGGAGAUCGCCAUGGUCAUCAUCCUCUAUGUUUCGGCACUGUUCCCUCAAAAGAAGGAUGAACUUCAUAAUCCCUGAGACAGUACUCCCUACGUCCCGAGCUGUGUUUGUAACCAAAGACGAGCGAGCACCUGUUAAUGCCACCUAA